ACGCAAUCCAGUCCGGGAUCAUGUAGUCCAGCGGGCAUUCCCUCAAAGAAAACAAAAUGGCGAUGAACGGGCUGGCGUUGGCCAGGUUAUAUUUGCGUCUCAGUUUCUUGUUUGUGUUCACAACGUGCUUUCACCGUAUCAUUUUAUAUUAGUUUCUGUGACUGAUAACGUGCCUUUUAUGCCAUGUACUCCGAGUGGGUUUCUCUGCGAAACACGCUACAGCGUGACCGCAAGAAUAGAAGCGUUUUGCACAACUUCCCUCCCUUAGUGGGAAGGGAUGUUGCACAUACGGUCGUCAAGACUCUUGUUCAACCUGGAAAUCAAGAGCAAAUGUCGCUUCGCACAGAGAGGGAGGUUGACUGGGUCAUGGAUGUGCUGUGUUAUGGUUUGACACUUCAAAUGACAGAAAGCGAUGGCGAGAUCGUGAAAGGUUGUGUCAGUAUCUACCUAGACUGGAUCUCGGUCUUGGCAAGUCCCAAGAAAGGGAUUCCCGAACCGUUGUUAAAGGCGCCCGAGAAAUACUCAAAAGAAAUAUUUCAACAUUUUCGUAACCUUUUUGUGCGAAGGGAUGAAGGGAAUCUUGCAUUGCAAGCUUCUUUGUGUAUCAGAGUACUGCAGAUGAUUCAAGCUACAGCGUCUGAGGCUAAGAUGUCACCCUUGACGUGGGAGGCGUUGCUGAAGUUUUUGAUGAUUAUUAAUGACAUGCUUCUGUCACCGCCAAACACUUCAGGAGGUCUCGCAGAACACUUGUGUGAGAAAUUGAUCAGUGUUCUGCUCGAAGUGUGGUUGCAUGCCAGCUGUCACCAUUUUCCCGCCCCGUCAAUGUGGAAGACUUUGCAUGAGCUUUGUGUUUCAUGGCGUCAUCACAAUGCAAUGAUUGACUAUUGGAGUAGAACAUCCCUAGCUCUCACAAGAAGGGUAAUACAGUAUAUGUACGGCCCCAGCUUUCCUCUUCCUCCACUGCCAGCCAGAAAGAGUGACGUCCGACUGCCAGCCAACAUUGGUGAUGAAUGCCUCAUUCAGUGCUGGUUCAGAAUUCUUCAUAUUGUUGGGAAUCCUGUGGACCUCUGCAAGAAAGAGAUUAUCAGCAAUACACCAAAAUUUAAAGAGUUUGCAUUGUCAAGUGAAGAGGUGAUCACGCCAUCAACUCAUCCCUGUUUGAAGACACUUCCACAAAACUUUUCGCAAGCAAUGAAAGGUGCAGCAGUUCUUGUUAAUGCCUUCCUUGCCAUUACAACAACUGUAGAUGAACCAGUGAAACACAUACCAAUACCAGCACCAACGAAAUCUGCAAGCCCUCCAGUAGCCAAGAAACGUGAGCAGAAGUCCUUGAGCAUUGGCUUAGCUCUGGGUUUAACUGAUGCUGCGGGACUAAUAUUUAGAUCUCAAACCCUUCCAUCUCGACCUAGCGGUGGUACCUCAUCUACCGGGCUGCCACAGUUAGAACCAUUCCGUGAAGAACUGUCCAGCAUGCCCUCGAAUUCAUUUUUGUUCCCAAGAUCUCCUUUGCCUGACACUCACAAACCAUCAGGGGAUAGUGUACUCCAUUUGUUUGGAGGGUGGCUUUUUGAGGCUAUAUUUGCCAAGCUGGACAUGACAGCAAACUUCGAUGCUCUGGGAAAGAUCUAUGAUGGCUUUGUUACAAAUUCUGCCACAGUUGAAAGCAGCACAGGAGCAACCAAGGCAGGUGUAGAGAUGGUUGGCCGCGCCAUGGACAGCAGAUUUGAGCCAGGCAGGGCUGAAGCUUAUGGCGCACUAUGUCGAAUCUUUUGUAGUCAUCGCUCUGGUCAAGAGAUCCGACCUGUUUACCUUUCAAGGUUUUAUUUAGCUUUGGCAAUUGGACUGUUGUAUUCAGAGUCCUGCACUGGUCAUGUGCUCUGCAGCAUAUUGCUCAACUCAGCUGACCUGUUGAGAGUGGAUCUACAAGGGGUGCAAGUGUUGUUACCGCACCUCAUCACUGCUCUAGAGACUGUGCUGCCAAGAAAUGAUAUCCAGAUAAGGUGUAAUGUGUCCACCACUGAGCUUCGCAGGGCAGCCAUCCAUUUGCUGUUAUCUAUGCUGUGCUUGCCGCUGCACUUUCAGGAUCUUGCUAUAAAAGACAUGACUGCAGGAUGGAGAAAGAAGCAUGCCAAUGAACAGAGCAAUGAUGAACGACAGUCUCUGACAUUCAUCUCCUUGAAGCCUCGACUCACACGACUGCUGCUUGAAGCUCUUCAGUGUGAAUCAGACUCAUUCAAUGUUCAGAUAUUGUUGGGAGGUGUGUCCCUGCUAAUUCAAGACAGUGAGAUUGCUGAGACCCUUGGGGUCUCUUCCCCUAAGCAAACUGAUCCCCCAGUGAGGGUGAGUGAUCGGAUGCAGCCUUCACAGGACAACAGGCGUCGUGCCAGCACUGGUAGCAGCUCAGUGUCUGAUGCAGGCAGUACUAAUGAAGUGGACAGUGACAGCAGAAUUCUAUAUGAUCACUCUUUUAACAAGUCGUAUGACCUCUCAACAGUGCAGGGUCUGUUUGUACAGUUGACGCAUCUCUUGUGUAACAAGCUGGUUGUGAUCAGAAGCAGUCGCUGGAAAUCUGAUGUUCAUAUCACCCUAGCUGCCUUUGAGCUGCUGUCUGGCCUGGCACAACUGAGCAUGAACCAUUUGGAUCAAGCUGAAUGUAAGAGCACAAUUCAUUGGCUGUGUGACUAUGUCACAUAUCAAGCCAAUAAGAAGGCAACGCAUCACUCACGUGACCUUCACUCCAUGAUCGUGGCAGCAUUUAGCUGUAAACCUUUGAAAUGCUUCGGUCAAGGUUAA